AUGUCUUUGGAGGAGCAAAAUGAAGAAGCCCAGCCCCUUACUGCCGAAGACCAGCUGUUCUUCGAUGUUGUCAAGUCUACUUUCGGUGACCAAGACACGGACGAUCUGGCAAUUCAGGUGGCUCACGCAUAUCGCAAUGUAAAGAAAAACCGUAAACAGUUUACGAUUUCCGAGACGAAGAAGAUCUUGGACGUUCGUGCUGCUCUCGAUAUUGACAACAUUCUAAAAAAUGAUUUGCCCAUGUCCAAGGUGUACAAUGAGAACUGGCCGACGUAUGUUAAUGGUGAAGAUAAAGAGGGCCAUUUGGUCACGGUCGACCGACUCAGUGACAUCAAUCCUGACGGGUUAUUCGAGGCAUUUGCCAACGCUAACGAAAUUCUCCCCGCAUGGAAGGUGAUCUCAGCAAAUAUUGAGCCUAAGACGUGUGAGAAGAUCCAAGUGUUUAAACACAUGAAGACGUUCCUAGAGGUGGCGCAGAAUAAUGGUCUUCCGUUAUCUUCUCUUCCAUCCUACAUGGGCGGAUCGCACCCGGAACGCCGCACAAAUAGUACCUUUACGGCAUCGGAACCAAAUACGCCGUUUCCUGUGCCAGUCACAACAACAUUGGCGACGAAGAUUAUGAUCCCUUUUGAAGCAGCUGAUGGACCAGAAGCGCGUGCAGGAACCUAA